GAGACAAGCAUUUCAAAUAGGAGGCCCAUGGAGAAGUUUAAGGCGUUGCUGGACCUGCACAUCAAGCACCGCAGCUCGCUGGGCUACAGCCUCAUCAGCCUGCUGACGGCGGGCGGCGAGCGCCUCUUCUCCGCGGUGGUGUUCCAGUGCCCCUGCACCGCUGCCUGGAACCUGCCCUAUGGCUUGGUCUUCCUGCUGGUGCCGGCGCUCGUGCUCUUCCUCCUGGGCUAUUUGCUGAGUGCACGAACUUGGCGCCUGCUGACCGGCUGCUGCACCUCGGGUACCCGCGCAAAAUGCACGUCAGGGCUGCGCGGCGCCGCCGUGGUGUUCGCGCAGCUCAGCGCCUCCGCAGCUAUCGCGCCGCUCACCUGGGUGGCCGUGGCGCUGCUCGGCGGCUCCUUCUAUGAGUGCGCAGCCAGCGGGAGCACGAUUCUUGCACGGCGCUUGUGCCAGACUGUCUCCUCUCAGUGCCUGGCCCAGCUGCCGCUGGUGCCUUGCUCCCAAGCCAAGGAGUCCAGCGUGCAGGACCUCCUGAAAGUGCUCAAGGCUCAGUCGCAGGUGUUGGGCUGGAUCCUGAUAGCAGUUGUUAUCAUCAUCUUCCUGCUUUUCACAGCAGUCUCUCGAUGCGUAUCUCCAGUUAGUUUUCUGCAGCUGAAAUUCUGGAAAAUCUAUUUGGAACAGGAGCAGCAGAUCCUUAAAAGUCAAGCCACAGAGCAUGCAACAGCAUUGGCAAAAGAGAACAUCAAAUGUUUCUUUGAGAGCUCGCAUGCAAAGGAAUACAACACUCCAAGCAUUAAAGAAUGGCAGCAGAUUUCAUCACUAUAUACUUUCAAUCCAAAGGACCAGUACUACAGCAUGUUGCACAAAUAUGUUAACAGAAAAAAGAGUCACAGUAUCACUUCUGAAGGUGAUGUGGUGGUUCCUGUUCUUAGCUUUGUGGAUUCACCUGAUAUAAGCACCACUAAUGACUUAUAACCUUAAAAAAAUCUUUCGCAAGCUUCACUUUCUAAAAAAAAAAAUUGAUAUUACUUAUGACUGCCAUUUUCUUUCCAUAUUGUAGUCAUUUAUAUCUGAAAAUAAAAUAUAGAGAUUAGGGGCUGGUGCUGUGGUGUAGCUGGUAAAGCCACCGCCUGCAGUGCCGGCAUCCCAUAUGGGCGCAGCUCUGUCUGUUGUGGUCAUCUGAGGAGGAAUAAGUGAAUGGAAGACCUCUCUUUCUCUCUCUGUGUCACUCUGACUUUCAAAUACAUAAAUAAAUCUUUAAAAAAUAUGGAGAUUAAUAUCUUUGCUGAUUAUUCAACAAAUAAGGCAAAAAAAAAACACACACACACACACACAAAAACAAACAAAAAAUUCCAAGGGAACUUGAUUCUCCUCUAGUGACAAACUAAGACUAGAAGUCUUCUUUUCUUUUUUAAAGAUUUUAUUUAUUUAUUUAUUUAUUUGAGAGGCAGAGUUACAGAGAGAGGGAGAGACAGAGAGCUCUUCCAUCCUCUGAUUCACUCCCCAAAUGGCUGUAAUGGCCGGAGCCAAGCUGAUCCGAAGCCAGGAGCCAGGAGCUUCUUCCAGGUCUCCCACAUGGGUGCAGGGCCCAAGGACAUGGGCCAUCUUCUAUUGCUUUUCCAGGCCAUAGUAGAGAAGUGAAUCAGAAGUAGGGCAGCCGGGACUCAAACCAGCUCCCAUAUGGGAUGCCGGCACUGUAGGCAGUGGCUUUACCCACUAAGCUACAGUGCCAGCCCCCAGAUAAGACCUUAUUUCUUGAUAAAAGUAGGAUUUUCCCGAUUGAGCAUCGGACUUGCCCCAAAACGGUAGAGUUAGAUACGUGCCUGGGGACUCCAAUUCAAUCCCAUCAAGGUGGCAUGUACCAAUGCCAUCUCACUAGUCCAAGUGAUCAAUUUCAGUUCACAAUAGAUCAUAAUGAUAGGUCUAAGAGUCAAAGGGAUCACAUAAACAAGACUAGUGUCUGCUAACACUAACUGAUAGAAUAAAAAGGGAGAGAACGAUCCUACAUGGAAAGCAGGAUACACAGCAGACUCAUAGAAUGGCAGAUGUCCUAAACAGCACUCUGGCCUCAGAAUCAGCCUUUAAGGUAUUCGGAUCUGGCUGAAGAGCCCAUGAGAGUAUUGUAGGCAUGGAAAGCCAAGACACUCUCGGAAAAAAAAAAAAAAACUAAAUGAAAGAUCUCUGUGAGUGAGAUCCCAGUGGAAAGAAUGGGCCAUCAAAGAAGGAGGUACCUUUCUCUGAAGGGAGGAGAGAACUUCCACUUUGACUAUGACCUUGUCUAAAUAAGAUACGAUUUGGUGAACUCAAAAGGCUUCUAUAGCCUUGGCAAACUCAUGACAAGAGCCUAGAGUGAUUACUGACGCCAUAAACAAGAGUGUCAAUUGUUAAAUCAACAACAGGAGUCACUGCACUUUCUCCAUGUAGGAUCUCUGUCCUUAAUCUGUUGUACUAUGUGAAUCAAUGGUAUAACUAGUACUCAAAUAGUGCUUUACACUUUGUGUUUCUGUGUGGGUGCAAACUGUUGAAAUCUUUACUUAACAUAUACUAAAUUGAUCUUCUGUAUAUAAAAAUAAUUGAA